AUGUUCGAUGGGUAUGACGACGAGACCAAAAGUGCAACUAUCGACAACGUUGACAAAGAAACCUUCGGCCGUGUCAUUGAGUUCGCGUACCGCCAGAAUUACUACGUCCCUGCUGCGACGUCACAAGCCUCAGCUUGCGGUCAAGGUGGUGUUAAUGAUGCGAAAGUCGAUGCCAAUGAUAACGGUCCCAAUAAUGGUACUACCAGCGAAGCAUCGACACCUGUCCUCACUCCCUCUUCAUCCUCUGCGAACACCGUCGCACCGAGCGACGCGCCAGAACCUAACGUCUGCGCAUCUCUCAACGAUUCGUUUUUGCCGAAGACAGAGGAACAUCAGGCGACACACAACUCAAAGGAGUUUGGCUUGACAGAAGUUCUCCUAUGCCAUGCGCGUGUCUACGUUUUCGCGAAGAACAAUGGGUGUGAUUGGAUGAAAGAGCGCGCAUCGGAUAUGGUAUACGCGAGACUCGACGAGGGAUAUCCCACCAUGAUUGACGACACUAUCCCUCUGCUUAGGUACAUGUAUGAUCAUGUAGGACCAGCGGAUUCCGGAGGUCCUGACCGUCUUUACGGGGUUUUGAGAGAAUUCAUCGGGCGACAGCUGCGCAGUAUCAUCAAGAAUAAAAGCUUCAUGACGUUGGUGAGGGAGAAUGAUAUGGUACAGGAAAUGUUCAUGAAAGAGGUCGAGAAGAAGCUCACCAAGCUGGAUGAGGUAUCAAAACCCUGGAAAAUCCUCGCUCGGGGUGAGACAUUCUAUGUGCAUCACGACAUAUUGCAGUCGCUUUUCGAUCCGCCACAAUAUAUUGAGCGUUUCUUGCGCGUAGCCGAUUACAAUGAGCGGCAAGCAGUCGUCAUGAUCAAGGGGGUCAAUGGCGCCUAUGAUCACCCAGCUUUUGCCCGCUGUCUACAAUUUGCAUACGAGGGCUGCUACACAGUUUCGCCUGCAUUCAUUUCCUCAAGUGACGAUGCGGAUUCCUCAGCAGCAGUCAUGACACCUUGCAGUUCCGCUGCUACCACUAUUCUAGCCAAAUCCAAAGAGAUGAUGAAACAUGCGUUCAAAGUAAUGUACCAGUCACAUGCAGCUCAAUCACAGGCGAACCUGCCCUGCGAGAAUUACACCAACAUUUUUCUCUGUCAUGCUGAGGUCUACGUCUUCGCGGCAUCAAUUGGUAUGAAGAAGCUGGAGCAAUAUGCUUUACACCAAUUACACACGACCUUGGUAAACUUUGUCCUCUACAAGGAGCGCGUGGGGGAUGUAGUGGCUCUCAUCAAAUACGCCUACAAGUAUACAACAGACGUUAGCGUUGCUGGUUGCGCGGAAGAAGCAUUGGGGAAGAUCAUCAGGGUUUAUGUAGGAUCUGAGAUGGAGAUAUUCAUGAAGAACAAUGAGUUCCAGAAGCUGGUAAUCGAGGAUGGCGGAAGACUGUUGGCAGAUUUCAUGGCGCAGGUCGAGAUGAGGAUCUCAGAUUGA